AUGUGGCGUCUGCUGCUCACUCUCUUGCUCCUUCACGCCUGCCCCCCUGGAGGAGCCGGCGACCUCCGUGAGGACCUGAUGUUGCUGAAGACCGGGCUUGCGCUUCGCCUCUACCACAGCUUGACUGCGGGCUGCAACCGAACCAACCUGGUGGUUUCCCCAGCCGGUGCACUCAUCCCUCUGGAGAUCCUGCAGUUUGGAGCCCAGGGGAACACUGGCCGGCAGCUGGCUGAGGCCCUGGGGUACACCGUCCAAGACCCAAGGGUGAGAGAGCAGCUACGGGCUGUCUAUGCCACGCUGCCCAACGCCGGCCCAGGCGCCAAGCUGGAGCUGGCCUGCACGCUCUAUGUGCAGGUGGGAACGCCGCUGGCCCCCUGCUUCGUGGAGCAGGUCUCCCAGUGGGCCAACAGCAGCUUGGAGCCAGCCAACCUCAGGGAGCCCAAUGGUACCACCAUGCUGACCAACGGAUGGGCCUCCAGGCAGCCCACAGGAGAGGACCCGGGCGCCUCCACGUGGGAGCGCGGCGGCGGCGGCGGCGGCGGGGCGUCUGCGCAGCUGCUGCUCGUCAGUACCAUGUCCUUCCAAAGCGCUUGGCGGCACCGAUUCUCCUCGGACACCCAGCUCCUGCCUUUCACCUGUGCCCAGGGCCUCGUCCUCCAGGUCCCCAUGAUGUACCAAAUGGCCGAGGUCAACUACGGCCAGGUCCAGGACCCUGCGGGCCAUCAGGUGCGGGUGCUGGAGCUGCCUUACCUGGGAAAUGCGGCCAGUCUGCUCCUGGUGCUGCCACACGACAAAGACACCCCACUGAGCCACAUUGAGCCCCACCUCACAGCCAGCACCAUCCACGUCUGGACCGCCAGCCUGAAGAGAGCCAGGAUGGACGUGUUCCUGCCUAGGUUUAGGAUCCAAAAUCAUUUCAACUUAAAACAUAUUUUAUAUUCUUGGGGCAUCACCGAUCUUUUUGAUCCACUCAAGGCCAACUUGAAAGGAAUUUCAGGCCAAGAUGGCUUUUAUGUUUCUGAAGCGAUCCACAAAGCCAAGAUCGAGGUUUCAGAGGAAGGCGCCAAGGCAGCUGCGGCUACAGCUCUGUUGUUACUGAAAAGGUCUCGGAUUCCUGUUUUUAAAGCAGAUCGGCCAUUCAUCUUUUUCCUGAGAGAACCCAACACAGGGUUUGUCUUCAGUAUUGGGAGAGUUUCAAGUCCCCUAGACUAAAUGAACAGAUCACAAGCAUGUUCUCCACCCUCAUCUAUGCUUUUCUUCAUAAAAAGUUACAAUUUCAUUUGCUAUACCCUUGAAAUUUUAAAAAUGUUCUGCUAAAGUGUAAAAAGAUAAGGGUAUGUGAUUUUCAAAUAUUAUGAACCUAAAAAUACUUCAAUUUUACUAUAAUUUUAUAAAUUUAUUUCACCCUCUUUUAAUCUAAAUGUAUUUUUUAACCUUUUCUACUGGUUACCCCAAAAGCACUACAAGGCACAGCAGUGAGCUAUGAGUGGUGAGUGAGUCGGGUCAUAGGGUCACGUGUCAGUAAGGACAUGUGAGGCCGUGCUGGACUGAGGGUGGACGAUGAAGAGUGCUCAUUUUCCCUUAUCCUGGGUAACUAGGGAGAAUGCAAAAUGAGCAAAGUCAUUUUAAAUGUGUUUGCUUUCCAUUUAGCUUCUAAAUAAAAUGGAGAGUUUAAGUGUGAGAAGAGCAGAGCAGAACAGAGAUCCCCUUUGAGCCCUCAGUCCGCUGAGGGACUCGUAAGCCCGGCAUCAAGCUGCUAAACGCCAGACUGUUCAGAAAAGGUGGUGGACCCCAAACUUACAACCCCUAACUGACAGCUUCACCUGGUGCCGUCCACAGUCCUAGUAAGAAAGCAAAAGAGGUUGAAGGGAAGUAAGUAAGGAAACCAAUAAAGUCCCAAGGUCUGCUUUUAAACAGCUUUAAAGAGCCUGCCUAUAUCUGCCGCAGACACUGUCGUUUGAGUGAUCCAGGCAGAAAUGGAGUAUGCUGGGGUGGCCAACAAAAUCUAAGAACAUAGAGUAAAAAGACAAUGCAGAUUAUGUAACAUGUAAUUACAGUUAGGUUUAACAAAUGUGAACUUCAAGUGGUGUAUUUUUCCAAUGCUGAAAAGCAAGGCCUUAAAAUUCCAUUAUCUUAAGAUGGUUUUAAAUGGUUACUUUAAAUGUGAUUAUUUCCUAAACCACACAAGAGUAAAAUAGAGCAUUUAUUGAUGGAAUAACAAAAGUGCUUUUCUUAAAUAUUCUUCAAAAUACAUUUGUACAACUUACAAUAAUAUAUCCAAAAUAACUGUAUAUACAAAACAUUGCCUAGUUUUAAUGUAUGUGCUUUUUUCCCCAAAAAUUACAAAGUAACUUUUUAAUUUUUUGGCAAAGUUCAACCUUAACAGAGGUGACAAUUUUAAAGGUUGGUUUAAGAAAAUAGAACCUGAGGGAAAUUGACACGCAAGAGUCAAUGACAAGCAAGAGAUUUGGAGGAGUAUUUUUAGUUUGUUAAAUAAAAAUGUUUUUUUAGAGUGAUACUUCUCACAUUACAAAAAUAAACCAAAAUGAAAAGGUCACUGUAAAAUGAUGGAAAAAGGAUCUGUAGACUUGCUCUUAGUAUUUCAAAAAGCCAACAAUGCAUGUCAAAAAAUGAAUGCAAGAUCACAACAGUCUUGUAUUUACUUUGUAUUUGGAGAAGGUAGUGAAAUAAGUGGCCACAUUGUUUUCUUUUAAUUGCUAUUAAUAUGGUUGAUCUGAUUGGCUCUUCGAUGAAUUUCAUCCAAGAAGUUCUCCAGUUGUUCUAUUAGCAUUCGUUUUUUAAACCUGUAUAAAAAAAAUAAGUAAUAGUACUCUCAAUUUCUUUUUAAACAAAUAGUUAUGUAUCAGUAUAAUUUUUUUUUUUAAAGAGAGAAAAUGAGUUGGGAAGAUUUUUUGAAGUGAAAUUAAAGUGAAAGAUUAACUUUAUGAUAUACAAAAUCUCUUGGAAGACUGGCAAAUUAUGUCAUCAGUACAGUAUUAUAUAGUUUGUUCCUAAAACAAAUAAUCUAGGCCUAGGUACAAUGGAAAAGAAGUUAUUCCUUCCACAACCAAAAAGAAAAAGAUGGGGAAAACCCCUAAUAAAUACAAGGGUUAUAAAUAGUCCAGCAAAAUCUGGUCCCCCAAAGCCAUGACUCCAAUAGCUUCUUAUACUCUCUGAAAGUUGAAUGUUAAAAGGAAUGUGAACAAAAUAUGAAUAUAAUCCCCCACAAAAUGGAAGGAGAAAUGAAAGCUGGGCAAUCACAUUUAAAACCAUGGUGUUCUACGAUUGCUAUCUGAAAACUAGCAAAUCAAAGAUAAUUAGACAUCUGUAGUACAGGAUAAAGCAAACAGUUAAAGUUCAAGUGGCAAGUCUUUUAAUUUUUCCGUAAUAAAUACAGUAGACUAAAACUGCAUUUGUCUAUGUUAGUAGUAAUUCUGCUGAUGCAUUUUAGAAUAUCCAAAAACACUGCCCAAUCUAUACCUACUUCCUCUCUCUUUGUAAACUAAUGUGACUAGCUACCAUAUUACACAACUCUCUGAAAGAUGGCAGAAAGGAGGGCAGGCCCCAGGAACAGCUAAAUCCAUGAUGAAGUUUGAGCUGACAGAAUGUUGUUACAUAAAGAGCAGGACAGGUGAAAAACUCUAAAUAAAUAUGAAAAGUUAUAUAGCCUUAUCUUGAAACCUCAAAGUGGCCUAUCCUCUAGUCACUCAUUAAAAAAAGAAAUUAACUUUUUUCUUAAACAAACAAACAAAACCUUUAUGUGUAUGUAGCAUGGACAAAACUGGGGGACUAAAUAAAGGGUGGGUAUUUUGGAAGGUCACAUUAGAUAAACCCUAAGGUCUUAAAAGUACUAAAAUUUUUAAAGUAUUGAAGGAAAAAUAGAAAACCCUUUUUUACUCACUAAACUCAUACAACUAUGCUUUCCAGUUAAUUGCAUUUUGUAGUUACCAUUUAUAAUCUCGAUCCACAUUCCUUGUACUAAAGUGCAUAAUCCUGGGCUACUGAAGAGCAAUCAGAAUAAGGCCCAUUUGUCCAGCUCUGGUUCCCUUAAUUACAUUCCCACAAACAAGUGAACUGCAUUUAAAUAUCGCCUUUCAAGGUUACUUCUAAUCACUAAUUAAUAUUAACUGUAGUUCAAAUAUACAAAGGAGAAAAAUUAAAGACUAUAAAAUAUAAAGACACCAAAAAGCCACAGAGUAGAAUAAAUGAGAAUUAGCAAGUAUCUGUAAUUUGUAGGGAGAAAAGGCCCAUGAUUUCUGAAGAAUUUGUGACUAUUUUUUAAGUGAAAUUCUUUCAAUAAAAUAAAAAGAGAAGUACUUAUA